GAGCAUGAUUACUGGUGUAACUCUUUGGGUUACUCUCUAUAUUGGGCCCCAAAAAUGUAAUAUUAAACCCAUUUUUUAGUCCAAAACACAGAGUAUCGGUUCCAUGGGAAGGUUUGGGAGAAUCACCCUAAGUCACGCGACGUGGUCGUUUGUGAUUGGUUGAUUGAGAAAUAUAAAAGGUAAAUUUUUUUUUUCCUAAUUUUUUUUUCAUUCUUUCCCGAUUCUCACUCGUCUCUCUCGUCUCUCUCGUCCGUCGGAGAUAAAAGCCGAAUCAACAACCAUCGGAAAAAUCAACCGAUUACCAUCAAAUCGUUGAUUUUCCGGCUAAAUCUCGAUGGUUGUUGGUCAGACGGAGGGUUAUUGGUGACUGAAUUGGCGUAAUUGGGGUUAUCCGUUUCGAUUUGCAAUCUUUGGCGACGGCGAAUGUUUCACAGCGGUGGGAGCACGAUGGCGUACGAUUGGUGGGAUAACGGCGGAUGUCCGGCGAGCUCCACCGUCUAGCGAAUCGGUGAGAAACGGUGUGUGCGUAUCACAGAUGAAGGUGUGAUUACCAUGGCUAAUAGUUGGACCUCCCUCGAAUUUCUCAGCUUGUUUGGGAUAGUAGGAGUGACUGAUAGAUGUCUAGAGACUCUCUCGCAGACAUGCUCUGCUACACUCACCACUCUUGAUGCUAAUGGCUGCAUCGGCAUCAAGAGUAAGUUAGGAGGAGGAAGCCAGCAGCAAGGUCAGAGAGUAAGCUACAACAAGAGUAAGCUCACUCUUGGCUUACGGACAGUCAAAAUUGAUAAGGGUUUCGGGAACACAAAUGUAGCUGUGGAACAUGUCAUGUGAAGAGAAGAAGUUUGCUUGAUGUGGAACAUGUCACGGAUUUGGGAAACAUGUCACGGAUGUGGAACAUGUCACGGAUGGCUUGUGUCUUUUGCUUGUGGAACAUGUCACGGAUAGUUUGUUUGCUUGUGUCUUUGGCUUUUGAGUGUCGGUUAGGACAGUAUGGCUUGUGUCUUUUGCUUGUGGAACAUGUCACGGAUGUUUUGUUUGCUUGUGUCUUUGGCUUUUGAGUGUCGGUUAGGACAGAAAGGCUUUUGUCUUUUGGUUGUAUUUGUUUGGCAAGGACAGUCACAUGUGUAUUUGUUUCACAAGAGGACAGUCACUUGUGUAUUGCUUUUGGUUUUAUUUUAACCUGUGAAGUUGUGUGUUUGCUUGUAUCUCGAGACUUAAAGUCUAUAUAUUGAUGUAUCGUUCUUUCCCAUUUGCAACCAACUUUGCAUUGUGUUCCGAUUCUGUAUCUUUUUUUUCUCUUCACCUUUGCAUUGAAAAGAAUCAACCUCCUAUUACAAAAAAAUAUUUCUCUAUCUAUUACUCAAACUCCUAUCUUCACUACUCAACUCUAUUACUCAUUCUCUACUAAAUCCAAAUAUAAGCCUACUACUAUACCCAAGUUACCAAAAAAUGUCUAAUUGGAGUUCUGAUGAAGAAAUUGAAGAAAUGGUAGAGGAGGAGGUUGAUAGUAUAGUGGAGGAGAUCCAAUACAACUACACUCACCCAGAGGUACCACCAGCUCCAAUAAUCCGAAGAGUGCACAUUGAGAGAGACCGCGAAGAAGGCCACAUUCGAUUGUGGAAUGAUUAUUUUAGUGAUAAUCCAACUUACACUAACGCUAUGUUCCGUCGUCGCUUUAGAAUGAACAAACUAUUGUUCCUUCGUAUUGUUACCGCUGUUGAGAAUGGAGUCCCAUACUUCAGACAAAGGCGAGAUGCUACUGGAAGGCUUGGUCUUUCUGCACUUCAAAAAUGUACGUCAGCUAUUCGUUUGAUGGCUUACGGAUAUUCGGCAGAUGCGGCGGAUGAAUAUUUACGACUCGCUGAAACAACCUCCCACAAAUGCCUUCUACAUUUUGUAGAGGGAGUUAUAAAUCUAUUUGGCAACGAGUAUCUCAGAAGACCUACAGCGGAAGACCUCCAACGAUUACUGAACAUUGGAGAACAUCGCGGUUUCCCCGGAAUGAUAGGGAGCAUAGAUUGCAUGCAUUGGGAGUGGAAGAAUUGUCCCACUGCAUGGAAAGGACAAUAUACACGUGGAUCAGGUAA